UUGUGAAAGGCACGUGAUGAACAUAACUCACUAAACAUCUAAACAAAACAGUUGAAAACAGAAAGGAAAAUGUUUUCAGUCUUCUUCUUAUUCUUUUUCGUUUAUUUUAUAGAUGGAUUGAACAUAGAGUACAAUAAAAAAUCAUACUGUUUUGACCCGAAGUUUGGGAAGGGAAUAGAAUUUGUAAAAACAUAUAAGAGACCACAUGAAAAACUAAAUCUGAAGACGUUGCCACAGAAUUGGGAUUGGAGAAACGUUAAUGGCACAAACUUUCUCAGUACAACCAGAAAUCAACAUAUUCCUCAAUACUGUGGAUCAUGCUGGGCCAUGGGAUCUACAAGUGCUCUUGCAGACAGGAUCAAUAUUAAACGCAAAGGUGCCUGGCCAUCUACAUACCUCUCAGUACAAAAUGUCAUAGAUUGUGGUGGUGCUGGCAGUUGUGAAGGGGGUGAUGACACUGGUGUAUGGCAGUAUGCACAUAAACAUGGAAUUCCUGAUGAAACCUGCAACAAUUACCAAGCUAAAGAUCAAGAUUGUGAUAUCUUUAAUCAGUGUGGAACCUGUACAACCUUUGGACAAUGUGAACAGUUAAAAAACUAUACUUUGUGGAAAGUUGGAGAUUUUGGUACAGUUAAAGGAAGAGAUAAAAUGAUGGCAGAGAUCUACAAAAAUGGACCAAUCAGUUGUGGCGUUAUGGCAACAGACAAAUUAGAUGCCUAUACAGGAGGAAUAUAUGAAGAGGAACAUUUCUUUUCAAUGGUAAAUCAUGUUGUAUCUGUAGUGGGAUGGGGAGUUGAUGUAAAAUCGGGGACAGAAUACUGGAUAGUGAGAAAUUCAUGGGGAGAACCUUGGGGAGAACAUGGCUUUUUCCGUAUUGUAACAAGUAAAUAUAAACAUGGAGAAGGGAACUGGUACAAUCUGGAUAUAGAAUCAAGAUGUGCUUAUGGUGAUCCAAUCAUACCCUCUGGAUACUAGAAAUAAUAUAAAGAUACAAGUCAUAUCACCUCUUUUCUUUUUUUUUUAUUUGUAUUUUGUAUUUUGUUUUUUUAUUGUGCUAUGAUGUGUUACAUUAGGUAACAAUACAGUCUGAUUUAAAAAAAGUUUGAUUAGAUUUAAAAUGCCAUAAAUUUAUUAUUUUUAUGCAUAGACAAAAUAUAGAUCAAGCUAAGCUGUCGGAACAAAUUAUCUCUUUCAGUAUCAUGAUUUUUCUUAGCACAAAUAGUUCUGACCACUUUUAGGAGAAAACUGAUAUUUUUUUUUUGCAUCUACUCUUUUUCAAAUUGUCAUUCUUAUCUUCACAGAUCCUUAAUGAAUGGCUAUUGUAUUUAAAAGUUCAUAUAAACAAAAUAUCAGAUGUAUUUCUCUUAUUAUUAUUGUCAAGGGUAAAUCAGAUUUCAAAAAUAUUUAUAAUUUGAUAAUCAUGAUACAAUUUAUUGUAACUUAGAUUCUAAUUAAUUUAUCCACUUACACAGAAAAUUCAAAUCAAGAAAUAUGAGAUUUGAUUCUCUUAUUAGUUUUGUUAUAGUUAAUUAUCAAAGAUAUUUAAAAAAAAAACAUGAUAUAUAAAAAUAGAGAUCUAUCUAUUGACAAGUUAGUUUAUUCAAAAUAAAUUGUUUGUUUAUAUUCUAUAAAUCUUAUGGAUGGGCAGUUCAUGAAUGCUUAAAAUAUUCCCUGAAGUUUUUUUUCAUUUUUCUGCUAAAGAUGUAUGUGUUUUGUAUGUUUCUGUCAAUGUUACAUGCAUUUUUUCCAUUUAAAUAUUUUUAUAACCUUUAAAGCACCAGUUAACAACCACAUUUUCUUAUUAUAUUGCACUUAUUCUCAAAAUUUAAUAAUGAACUUUAAAACUCAUUUGAAUCUUAUGUAUCCUACUAGACCAUGAAAUAUCUUUUAUAAAUGCAUAAUAAUUUUUGAGUUUUCUCACUACAGACAUAAUGCAUAACAUCUUACUGAUGAGCAUCAUAGUCAAAUUGUUGUUUUAAAAGAAAAUCUGUUAUUACCUGGCUCUCAAAAGGAAAAUGCUUUUUUUUUUUAUUUCAAAAAUGAUACAGAUUGAACAUUAAAAAAAUUAAUUUAUUUAUAUUUUGUUUGCUUGUCUACUACAAAAUGAUAAUUGUCUGUUGUCAAAGACUUGAAUUAAUAGUCCUUGUUUAAAAUUUAAAGUUGAAAUAUUGAAGAUAUUACAAAGCAAUAACUUUACCGUAUUUUUUUUUAUAUUGUAAAUGAUAUUUAAAUAUGUUGUGUAAUUUUCAUUUGUUAUUUAUUUUAUUUAUUUGUGUAAUAAAAUAUUGGUAAAAAAUA